CCAAGAUGAGUAUGGAUCAUGAUACAGUUUUGAAAACAAAACUUGACCAGCUGGAAUGUCACUUCACCUGGGCUCUGAUAAAAGAUGACUUGGAUCUACCUAGCGUUCUCAAUAGGAUUGAUGAACAGCUUAAAUUGGAUUAUGAUAAAAAAGAAACGCUCGCACGAAUUUACAAUUCCUUAGCAUAUGUGAAGUUCCUUCAAGGGUUUCUGGAUGAGACACUUAGCAGUCUCAUGACAUCUGUGCAGCUUUUCAAAGAGUGCCAUGAAGAGGAAUCCCACAAAGAUCUCAUUGUUACCUAUGGAAACCUUGCCUGGAUAAACUACCACAUGAAGAACUACAAAGAGUGUGAAAGUUACCUGCAGAAAGUCCUGAAGAUAAAUGAAAACUUUUCAUCUGAGUCUUUAUCUAUUCCAGAGGUGAUUGGUGAGAAGGGAUGGACCUUUCUUAAAUUUUCUCGCAAGUAUUAUGAGAGAGCCAAAGAAUGUUUCAAGAAGGCUUUAGAUCUGGAACCAGAAGUUGGUGAGUGGAACGCUGGUUAUGCCAUCGCUCUGUAUCGAACAGAAUAUGGAGAAUUCACUAUUGAGAAUUCACCAGUAAUCAAGCAACUGAGACGAGCCAUUGAAACAAAUCCUGAUGAUGAUGUGCUUAAGAUCUACUUAGCUAUGCAACUUGUUUUAUACAAAAAGUACAGGGAGGCUGACAGCUUGGUAGAUGAGGCUAUAGAAAGAUCUCCAGAUCACCCACAUGUCAUGCGAUAUGCUUGAAAAUUCUUCAGAUAUAGAGGAUGUGUGGACAGGGGUAUUGAUUUGUUGAGCAAAGCCCUUGAAUAUUCACCUAAUUCAAGCCUCGCACAUCAUCAAUUAGCUCUCUGCUAUAAAACAAAGAAAAUCCAACUGCUGCAGGAGGGAUAUCAUCACGCCAGAUCAACUUUGGUUCAACAGAUUCGUGAUAAGAUCAUCUUCCAUUUAGAAAUGGCUUUUACUCAUGCACCCUGCUUCAUCACAGCAAUGAGUGAUCUAGCACUGCAUUACGGAGAACGGUGUGAGAUUACACGAGCUGAAGAGAUGUUUCAGAUGAUUUUCAAAACAGCCAAAGAGAAAAAUGAUAAUCUACAUGUGGUUAAUUUUUAUUAUGCUGAAUUCCAGUUGUACUGCAACAGACGUGAAGCUUUAGCUAUCAAGCACUACAUGGAAUGCCUGAAGAUUAACCAAGAUUCCCCUGAAGGGCAGAAAAGUGCUCGUGGUUUAAGAAAGAUUGCAGAGAAGUGGAUUUAUAAAAACACACAGGACGGGGAGGCUUAUGGGAUACUAGGGUUUAUUCAUAAAGAGAAAGGAGAGAAGAGCCAAGCCAUUGAGUGCUACGAGAAAGCUUUGAGUUAUGUAGACAAUGAUAAGUACCUGACUAAUCUUUGUGCUCUCAGGCUGUCAAUAGAGAAAUGACACUUUAUCAGCAAUAUAUUAGUAUGUAAGGUAUUUAAGUUCAAUUACUUGGACCAAUUUUACACUUAUAUACUCAUCAACAUUAUUGUAAAAUAACAUUUGUGCAGAGGAAACUUAAAUUUAGUUCUGUC